UAGGCCAAUCAGUGGCUGCCGUGCCGAGUGGACCCUGUUGGACUCCACCUCCCACUAAGCGAAAUGAGAAGAACUUACUUACAGAAAAAUAGAAUCUUCUUUUUUCAGAAGCGGAGCUGCUGAACAACAGCGCGAGCGUUGCCACAAAUAACAACUUCAGGUCAUGCUGACAACACUGUUGGUUCUUAUGUUGUUUGAGAAGACAACAUUGGGGGCCACGGUAUACCCCACUGGGGUCCCAAUUUACUCCGAUUCGUUCAUCCCUGCGGCUGCGCAAGUGGUGUACUACGUGAUUGAGCACACUGGGGACUUGAGUAACACCCCUCCAGAAACAGUAACCUCAAAGCGCCCAUCUUGGGAAACGCCACUGAAAAUUCCUGAUGAGAAGAACAAUGAGGAGGGUCAAGGAGCGAAGCCUCUUGCGCGAACACACAGAGAACUUCUAAACCUGCACAACGCGCUCAUCAGGGAGGCCAAACUUCAGGGCAUUGCCAAAUACCAGGGUUUCUCAGAAGAAGUACUGUCCGUCCUGCGCGAGACAUCUAUGACAACCUCAGAGGAACAGCUGAGAACUGUCCUGCAAGAGGCGCUGUCGCGAGGUCACAUCAAGCGUGCCGAUACCAAGGACAUGGCCGCCAAAGUCAUGGCCUACUUAGACGAUCCGGACAGCGAUCUUCGCAAAGCCAUGGCCAACUUGAAACCACUUCAGUAUACAUAAGAUGUAAGACUUGUACUAAACAUGCCUUAGGAUAGAUUAGUAUGAUAGAAUAAAUAAGUAGAUAAAUAAAUAAACAGAAAUCUUCUCUUCCAGAGCAGUCGGUAGUUAUUUAGAUAUUCAAGAAUUUCCUUUAUGAACGUAAAGAUUCCUGACGUUCUUCACAGGAGCUGACAACUAUUAUUUUGUUGUUGAAUACGCAAAAAAUUAACAGGAA